UUUAGCCACUGCGUUAUGUCGGGCGGGGACCUCACGGCUUCAGUCGCGCUUGCUGUGUGGGCGCCGAGCGGGCGGACGGUGGACAACGGAGGAACCGAAGCUGCGCCUUCGCAGGGAUGCCGACUGCCACACCAGCCCUGGAAGCUCGAGGGAGCUCGUCCCGGUUGCUUCCGCAGUCCCCGGCGGUCCCGCCACUUCCGGUUCCGGCGCGUCCGUUUUGCGUCGCGGAUUUUGACCCCCGAGCCGAGCCGUCGCCCCGCCCGUGCUGCCAUGGCGGCAGCCGCCCCACUCUCCAAGGCCGAGUACCUGAAGCGCUACUUGUCCCGGGCCGAUGCCGGCGGCCACGCGGGUUCCGAGUCCGCUCUCAAGCGUCGCAAAAAGCGGCCUAAGCCUGGCGGAGCCGGCGGCAAGGGAAUGCGGAUUGUGGAUGAUGAUGUGAGCUGGACAUCUAUCUCCACCACUAAACCAGAAAAGGAGGAAGAGGAAGAUGAUGGAGAUUUGCCUGUGGUGGCUGAGUUUGUGGAUGAGCGACCAGAAGAGGUAAAGCAGAUGGAAACCUUUCGUUCCAGUGCCAAAUGGAAGCUUCUCGGAGACCACAAUGAAGAUCUUCCUUCACACAAGCAUGUCCGCCAUGACUCCCCGGAUCCUUCUCCGCCUAGGAGGGUCCGCCAUGACUCCCCGGAUCCUUCUCCACCUAGGAGGGUCCGCCAUGACUCCCCGGAUCCUUCUCCGCCUAGGAGGGUCCGCCAUGACUCCCCGGAUCCUUCUCCGCCUAGGAGGGUCCGCCAUGACUCCCCGGAUCCUUCUCCACCUAGGAGGGUCCGCCAUGACUCCCCGGAUCCUUCUCCGCCUAGGAGGGUCCGCCAUGACUCCCCGGAUCCUUCUCCGCCUAGGAGGGUCCGCCAUGACUCCCCGGAUCCUUCUCUGCUCAGGAAGCAUUAUCGUCCUUCUGGUGUGUCUCCUAGAAGGGCCCGUCAUGACACACCAGAUCCAUCUCCUCCGCGGAGGGCCCAUCACAGUUCCUCAGAUAUUUCUCCUCAGAGAAAGGCCCGUAACAGCUCCCCUGACACAUCUCAACCUAGAAGGACUCUUGACUCCUUGGACACAUCAAAGCUCAGGAGGGCCCGUCAUGACUCCCCUGAUUCGCCUCCUGAUGUUCCUCAUUCACUGCACAGAACCAAAAGCAGUAAAGCCCCAGAACGAGCCUCUAGCAAAACUUCUCCUCAUCGGAAGGGGCCAGGACCCUCUCAUCCCUCAGCCCCGAAGAACAGCAAGUACGAAUGUGACUCGGACCUCUCUCCACCACGGAAAAGGCAAGCAAAAUUUCAUUACGGAAAUAAACAGCAUGAGUCUAAAGGAGACAGUCGGAAAGCCUCUGAUUCAGACCUUUCUCCUCCGAGGAAGAAACCAAGUUCAAGGCCCCAGGGUUCCGAUUCCGAUCUGUCACCUCCACGGAAUAGACCUAGGCACCACAGCUCUGAUUCUGACCUCUCUCCACCAAGGAGGAAACGGAGGGCCAAAUCCUCUGAUUCUGACCUCUCUCCACCUCGAAGGGCUCAGCCUCUGGGAAAGAAGGCUGCACACAUGUAUUCUGGGGCUAAGACUGGGUUGGUGUUAACUGACAUACAGCGAGAGCAGCAGGAACUCCAGGAACGGGACCAAGGAACCAUGGCAUUGGAAGCUGAAUUCCAGUAUGCUGAAACCGUAUUUCGAGAUAAGUCUGGUCGUAAGAGGAAUUUGAAACUGGAACGUUUAGAGCAAAGGCGAAGAUUAGAGAAGAACUCGGAGAGAGAUGAGCUGUAUGCCAAGUGGGGAAAAGGGCUUGUCCAGAGCCAGCAGCAGCAACAAAAUGUGGAGGAUGCAAUAAAGGAAAUGCAGAAGCCUCUGGCCCGCUAUAUUGAUGAUGAAGAUCUGGAUCGGAUGCUGAGAGAACAAGAAAGGGAGGGGGACCCUAUGGCCAACUUUAUCAAGAAGAAUAAGGCCAAGGAGAACAAGGAUAAGAAAGUGAGACCUCGCUACAGUGGCCCAGCACCUCCUCCCAACAGAUUCAAUAUCUGGCCCGGGUAUCGUUGGGAUGGAGUGGACAGAUCCAAUGGAUUUGAACAGAAGCGCUUUGCCCGGCUUGCCAGCAAGAAGGCAGUGGAGGAGCUUGCCUACAAGUGGAGUGUUGAAGAUAUGUAACUUUUCUGAGGCUGUGGGGUCCCUGGGGGUUGUGGGAAUGGACACGGACCAGCCAGAUGUCUCUCCGUAAAAGCUGUCUAUGCUAAUAAUCGGGGCCCACACACACCAGCAACUCUGAAUGCUGGUUUUGACCACUUGAGAAGAACUUCACCAUUUGAAAAGAAGAAUAUCUGAAACCUGAUGUUUGGACUGAGGCACCUGUCAUUUCUCAGGUGUGCCAGCAUUGGUGGUGGUUGCUGGCUUUCAGAAGAAACAUUGAUUUCUAGUGUCCCAGGGUUUGUUCUUGGUUAGGUUUUUUAAUAAACAUACAUUUAUUUUUUUUAAAUCA